AGGUAGAUAGGUAGUAUGUAGUAGGUACUGGGUUUUUUAUCCGACUCUGACUGUGAACAAAGGGCGAACUGCCGAACCGGCCGGCCAAUUUUUUACACUCUACACUUCUGACUUGUCGAGUAACGUUAUUUUAUCGUAUCUACUUGGUAGAACGUCGAAUGUUCCACGUAAUAUUCAUUCUCAUUCGUUAAUUUUAAUCGUACUCGUACGACAGUGUUGACGCUGGCCUGCUGACUGCUGAGUCGAAUUUUUUUUAUCGUUUCGAAUAAGCUAAAUUGGUUCAUUUCGCGAUUCGCGACUACCUGUGUAGUGAUAUACAUUUCCAUUUCUACUGUCACUUCGAUCGCAUCAUCGCUUAUCGGUCACCCCUCUGAUUACCAGAACUUGUUCGUGAAAAAACAUACAACAAAAUGUGUGCCGACAAAUUUGAUGCUUGCGUCGAAGAUGUUAAAAAUCUCAAACAAACUCCGAGUAACGAUGAAUUACUGGAACUAUACGCGUUAUUCAAACAAGCUACUGUCGGAGAUGUGAAUACAGACCGACCAGGUGUAUUCGACCUGAAAGGUAAAGCCAAAUGGGACGCUUGGAGUGCGAAAAAAGGCACGUCAUCGGACAAAGCUAAAGAGGAAUACGUCGCUUUGGUCGAAAAAUUGAUCGCAACUUAUGGUAAAAAAUGAAGAAGCGCGGCCAUUCUUAUGCCUACGUAUAAUAUAUAUUUAUUGUGUAUAGUUUAUUACAUUGAUCCAUUGUCGUCUGCCUGAUGCCUAUGCUGUAUUCUUAUUUACUGUACGCUCAAGCGUGGUGUUUUCUCUUGUUUUUUUGUUUUUGUUUUUUUGUUUUCUUUCUUCAUACAAAACUUUUGUUAUUCAACCGCAACUUAUGAGCAGUUGCGCAUCUAUUUAUUUCAAGAGCGACGGCGACGAUUAGAUUAAGUUAGGAUACAUGUUGAUCAUCGGGUAAUUGGUUUUCGAUUAGCUAUAACGAUGAAAGCGCGCAUAUAUGGUACCUUAUUUUGAUUUGAACGUUUGAUGUGGUCACUGGACAGUCAGGUAGCCUACCUAUGUGAUAAGAUAUCUGGUACUGUACAAGUGUACAUAUUUUUAAUAUUUUACCACCUGUUAUCUACCUUUACCUACCUACGUAUGCACACACCUUGUCGAGUUGUCGAUAUAUUUUAGUAUUUGUUCGUCUACGUAUCCGUACAACUGUGUAGGUAAAUGGCAUUCAUUUGUUAUUGUUUUGAAAUAAUAUACGCGCUGAAAUAAU